UAAAGAAUGUUUGUAACGUAAUAAUUUUGCUGUUGAUUGUACCUUCAUGUAAGUACCUUCCUUAAUAUCAUCAUAAAGAAAAAUAAAAUUUAAUAUUAUUUAACCAUCAGUUUUUGGAUAUCAACAUGAACAUUAUGAGUGAAUAUAGUUCUUUCACAGUGAUAUAUAAUAUCGAAGUCCAUGGUGUUCUUCACAAGGCGCCGCAAUGGGCUAUCACCACUAGAAAUACCCAAUCGACUUCGAAACCUACAGAACCGAUUCGACGACAGGGCGAGGAUGAGCAAAAUAUACCAGACAACUUUAAACCACCAGAAGGACAAAUAGGGCCUCAGGGCGGAGAUCCACAGCAACAGGCAAAUAGAUUUACACAGAAAGAAACGACCGUGUAUGUACGAAGACGUACCACUCAAGAACAUCUUUCGUUAGAAGAAUAUUGUGAUUACAUAUUACACUUCUGUUUGAGAGCCUACCAGUAAGUAUUCUUGUCAUAGAAGCGUUUACAUGCUUUGAACAUUGAUAACGUGCAAAUUGACUCUGAU